UGCCAGAUCUGUCUGAUUUCAAGCAUCUUAGUAUUUAAGAGGAAUUUUACUGAAGAUUUAAGUAAUCAAAUUCAAAAAUGAAAUUUCCAACCAUUUUCAUACUAACCGUCCUUGCCACAUGUGAUAUGUGCACAUCUAAAGACCAAAGAAAGACUGUUUUAGAAGGAGAUAGUGUACAUUUUCACUUCCCGUACCCAUGUAACAGUACACUAAUCACACUACAAUAUGGAUUGAAACAUCCUUUUUACACUUUGAGGGAUACAGACGCUGAUAUUGUGCCAGUACACGUGGGCCGGUUCGCUUUCAAAACGAGAAAAGAACACGGUCAUUGCUCACUACUUGUUACAAUUAACUCCAUAAUUAGAAGUGAUGAAGGACUAUACAUUUUCUUUGCGUAUCGGGAGGGUAAUGUACAUGAAGGUUCAUUUAAAAGAAUUGCUUUGGAUGUUGACUUUCUUCCUGGAAAGGCUUUCUGUACACAAAAUGAAGAUAUUAUAACUGGGAAUUGGGUAACACUAGACUGUGUUGCUCCAGUUGGGAGUCUUUCAGGUCAAAUUGACUGCUAUCAAAAUGGAGAAAAGAUGCCCCCAUUAACAUCGCCAGUUGAAACUUUCCAACACUUAAAGCAAACAAUAUUGGCAGAGAAAACUUAUCCUGUUUUUUGUUGCACAUCUUCUCAAAGAAAUGUCAGAGAUAUGUGUGAAUGUAAUGAUUUUAAAUGGGAUUUAGCCAAUGAUAAAAACUUGAGCUCAAUGAUAGAUCCUUGUAGUCCAAUAAUUUCAGAUCAGCAAAUAAAGGAAGUGACUGACAUUUAUUUCACCACCUCUAAACCAGUAUCCCCAACAGUAAUUAAUGCCGAUAAAAAAUCCAUAAAUACAUGUUCCUGUAGUUCCAAGCAAUGGAUAAAUGCAGUUGCUGGCCUAUCUUCUUUUAUCAUCACUGCUUUAUUCCUUUUUGUGACAUUAUUGAAAAUUAUACUAAGAAAAAUAGAGAAAAGCAAUCUCACAUGUACAGAACUGAAAGUGGGUGAAACGAAAGCAUGUAUGAUAUAACAUAAAAGGAAAAGGGGGGGAAAUGUGACAAACUUUUUUGGGAAGAUGCACUACAUUCAUGUCAUGAUUCUUUGUACGUAGCUAAAAUUGAUGGAAGGUACAGUAUGUCUUCAGAGAAAUGAUAAAGUUUUAUAGGAUUUCCAUGCUUUCAAUGUGGUCAAGCAGCUUGUUCCAGCUAAAUAGAGGGAGAAAAAAACCUCGCAAAGUAGGAAAAAGAACUCUCUGCAUGACUUUGUAAUGCUUAAAUAGGAAAUACCAAGUAGAAACUUGGAGCUGGAACAUUAACAUUCCAUCACGUUCAUAUGAAGGUUAAAAGAUAAAUCAGAUCAAGCUAAUGUAAAAAAUGAUAUGAUGAAAAAAAGAAUCUUAACCCUAAAAAGUCAGGGUUUUUUUUUGUGGGGGGGGGGGGGGCUGGAAAAAAAGAUGUGUAUGGAGCCUCCCACCCGAUUCCCUUCAUUAUGCAAUGAAUAUACAUGUACACAUAGUCUUUACGUGUGAAUUUGAAAAAGUAUAUUUUUGUACCAGAAUAUUUAUAUACACUCAAGCUUAUGUAUUGUUAUUACUCUUAUGUUAACAGAUAUAUUAUUUCCUACAUGUAGUUAUGAGAAUAUGUAACAACAAAAUACAUGUACUCUGAAAAAUUAUAUGAUGAAAAAAAGAAUCUUAACCCUAAAAGUCAGGUUUUUUUGUGGGGGGGGGGGCUGAAAAAGAUGUGUAUGGAGCCUCCCACCUGAUUCCCUUCAUUAUGCAAUGAAUAUACAUGUACACAUAGUCUUUACGUGUGAAUUUGAAAAAGUAUAUUUUUGUACCAGAAUAUUUAUAUACACUCAAGCUUAUGUAUUGUUAUUACUCUUAUGUUAACAGAUAUAUCCCUUCCUACAUGUACAUGUAGUUAUGAGAAUAUGUAACAACAAAAUACAUAUAAACUUCUGGGUAUUUUUAUAAUCAGUAGACCACUAUAGUCUAGAUAUUCCUGCUCAAGGUUGUAAGACGGUGUUCUUUGUCAAAAUAUGCAAAAUAUGCUUAAUAAUAAUAAUUAAGUUCAUGUUUCAAUUGUGUGAUAAGCCAAAAAGUACAUGUAUGCAAAUUGUGUUUUUCUAUCAUGUGCAUUGCUUCCUUGUAAUUUGUUUCUUGUAUUUAAUUUAAUGUACAUGUAUAUUUCAUCGCCAUAUGAUCUAAAAGCUAGUAUUCACUUGAUCUACAAGCAAUUGCUCAACUUUGCACUAAUUAUAUUUUAAAUUACCACUUGGUCUAAUGUCCUUUUUGCCUAUUAAUAAUUUUUCAUUUUGUCAUAUAAAAAUUUGAAUUGAAUACAUGUGCCUUUUUAUUAUUAUUACACUGUACAUGUAUGUAAACAUAUCUAUAGUUUUAUAGUUUGCUUUUUGAACUUCUGUUAUUUACUACUAUUUCAAAGCUUUCUACAGGUACACUGUACAUGGGCUCCUUUUCAGUAAUGAUGUGUACAGUUAAAUGCUUAAUGUAUUUUAUUUAUUUCCUUGUACAUGUAUAUAUGUACUUCAGCUGUUUGUAUUAUGUACAUAUAUAAUGUUAUUUAAUGUAAAAUAAUAAACAAAUUGAAUUGAAUUCAAACUGUUCAUCUACAUGUAAUCAUAUAUGUACAUACUAAGUUAUGUUUAUAGACCAUAUGGAUAUUAGAUAAACCAAGUUUUGAUAUACAUGUAUGUGAAAAUAUUCUAAAUUUCAAAGUCUAUUAAAGCCGAAAAUGUUUCAUAUGAAAGAUGCAAGGAAAUGGGUGAAGGGAUAAUAAAAUGAGAUAAAUAGCUUCAAUUCAGGACUCAUCUUACCAACUUCUCUGUCAUUAAACAUGGCAACAUUGCGAAUAAUAUAUGUGUGUGCUCCAUUCAAAGGAGUCUUGCUUUUUCUGACAGAAGUUAACAUUGUACAUGUACAUAUGUUGGUUUCUCCUGGUUUGUUAAAUGGCAAAAUAGUUCACCUUUCAACUGAACAAAUGUUGGUUUUAACAACUUUCCACGAAACUUAAGAAUCAAGAAGCUAUAAGAGAAUGUUUCCCAGAAACAGCCAUCGAGCAAACAAAACAGUUUGGGAGAAUGUCAGGAAAUGUCGUUAUCAUGGCACCAGCCUCAAUUGCAAAUCUGGGAGAAGAUGGGCAGGGCAAUAUACUUUUUAGGCAUCAAAUAGCCCAGUUGUUGGGGAUUAAAGCCUAAGGUAUAAAUAUACAUGUACAUUCCCUUUAAAUGUGCAUAUAAGUCAAUGUAAUAAAUGUGUGUGCUAUAUCAGAAUUAUUUCAUUAUCACCUGUAGGUUAUUUCCCCUAGUGGAUCAUGUAGUGACACGUAUAGACAUGAAUAAACAUCAAAGCCGUUCACUUUACUUAUUCAAUUGAACUUUCCUUGACUUGAACAAAGUAAUCUGAAGGACUGACUUCUAAAUAUUGAAAUGUAAAGAAGUGUCGUGCACUUCUGGAAUUAAGUAUGAAAACCUGUUAUCAAAGUCUCCUUGGAGUACUUAUAUUUAUUUAAAAACUGUUGGCUGUAAUCAGCUUAUGAAUGUUCAUGUCUAAAUUGCUCCACUAGACGGGCAUUCCCCAACUCCCACGCUGUCGCCCGAUCAUUUCAUGUCUUCCUUUUAAAAGGGGAAGUUCAUCUCGAGAAUAACUUGAAUUUAAUAAAUGCAGAAAAUUAGAGAAAAUAAUGGUGACCGUCUGAUAGAUAUUGAUCAGAGAAUAAGAGAGUUAUGAUUCUUUUAAGUUUUCAUUUUGUAACAUUCAUGUAUGCAAGCAGCUCCACCAUACAAUUUUUUUUUUAAAUUUAACACAAACAAAAUUAGAUUUCUUAUAGAAGGGGGUAUUAAUGAUGUAUCUGAUGAUAUAUUCACCACACGACAAAAUCAAUCUACAAUUUUGAGAAAGUGACAUUUAGGGGAAUUCAUAUCACACAAGAUAUGGAGGAGCUGCUUAUCUGUGAUGUCACAAAAAUCAAAGUUAAUAAUUCUGAAUAUACUUUUGACAAGUUUUCAUCAAACCCUCACCAGACGGACGGACGGACAGACAGACAGACAUAUAGAUAGAUAGAUAGAUAGAUAGAUGGUAUUAUUGUGAUAAAAAUUCAAUUAGCAGCCAAAGGCUGAGUUACAUGAUUUUGUACAGAAUAAAAUUUCAGUAAACA